GAUUGUGAAGGACGCGUUUUGCUUCUACUUCUUCCUUUCCUUCUCCUCGCUCCGUCUCUGAAAUUUCGAGGGUUCGCGUUGUUUCUUCGAUCGGUGAAUAAGCAACUCGAAAUCAGAACCAGUCAGCGAUGUUCAGAUUCUGGGGAUCACAAGAACAACAAUCGCAGUCGCAGGAAGGUUCUUCUUCACCGUCGUGGUAUCCGUCAUCGGUGAUGAACUCGCCAAGUUCUUCGAGGCCUGCUACUCCUUCCUCUUCGCAGAGGCCUUCUUCACAUGUCCCGCCCGCAGAAGCCGCUGGAGUUAUUGCUGUUUUGAAGGAUAAGAGUGUUGAUGAGUUAAGGAAGCUUAUAUCUGACAAGGAUGCGUAUCAACAGUUUUUAAAUUCACUUGAUCAGGUCAAGAUUCAAAAUAAUCUGAAAGGUGAACUUUGCAAGGAGAAUUUGCAGCUUGCGGAGGAAAAUCUACAAAAGGAACCUCGUAUCAUGGAACUUAGGAAUCAAUGUAGAAUAAUUCGGACAACAGAGUUAGCUGCUGCUAAGGAGAAACUAAAUGAGCUUGAGAAGCAGAAAGAAGAAAUCUUGAAGUUAAAUUCUCCAGCAUCCCUUCUCCAAAGGAUUCAAGAGUCUAUGAAUAAUACAGAAGAGGAAUCUGAAAAUCUGCACCAGCAUCUCCUUGACAGAGAGGUUGACCUUGGAGCUUUUUUGCCGAAAUACAAGAAGCAACGUACCACUUAUCACAGGAAAACUCUCAUACAUCUUGCCGCUAAAACAUCAACUAUAUGAGCACCACCUAAGGAAAAUGAAAAUUAAGACAGUAACUCCUUGUUUUGUCGAGAGUGUAUUUGAUUUUUGGUUCAUUAUUUUCAAUAUAGUUUGCAUUGGUCCAAGAUAUUUCCCCACCAAUUAUGUAAGUUGUAGUCGC